GGCGGGGCGGCCGUUGCCAGAGAAGCCACUUGAUGGUUACUAGCUCCACUUUCGUCCCUCUUGCACCUGGGCGGGCACUCUUCCACCGCAAGCAGUUCUAGGAAUUCGCCUCCUUGCCACCUCGCGUCCUUUCGCUUCCUUUCUAGCUUUCGCCUGCGGCACUGCCUCCUGCGUCCCCCUCUCUCCUAGCCGACCCAGGGCUGGAGAACACAGUGUGCAGAGCAAGAAAUUUUAAACAAGUGAAUGAAUGAAAGCUUUCAGCUUAUGAAGAAAAGUUGUUGUGGAAGCCACCUAUAAAUCCAUUUACCAAAUUUAUGGAGAAGCCUUCAAUUGAUGGAAGUCAUUCAGAGAAACUAUGUUCUCAUUUUACAAGUACACCAGAGGACGAACAUUUACCACAGGCUGCCAGUGAAAGUCAUCUCAGCUGUCUAAAGCAGGACAUCCUAAAUGAAAAGACUGACCUGGAAGCAACAUUUAAGGAAGCUGAGUUGGCAACCUGUUCUGUAGAAUUAUUUUUGCCAUUAUUUAAGGAUACCGUUGAAGAGAUUAGUUUUGAAAAUGCUAAUCUUUUUGCAUCCAAUUUGAAGAAGAUUUCUGAACAGAAGGAAAUAUUAACAAAAGAAUUAGACACUUUUAAACGUGUAAAACAAGCUUUAGAACAUCUUAGAAAGACAGAAUACCAACAAGUAGGGGACAGUUUAUCCAGCAUGUUAGAGAAGCUAACUGAUAAUGAAAGUGAAAAUACUAAUCUUAAGAAGAAGGUACUUGAAAAGGAGACCUAUAUUCAAGAACUUUCUUGUUUGUUUCAGAAUGAAAAGGCAAAUGCUUUGAAAGCAAACCGUUUUUCACAAUCAGUAAAAGUAGUACAUGAACGACUACAGCUCCAAAUUCAUAAAAAGGAAGCAGAGAAUGAUAAAUUAAAAGGAUACAUAAAGAGCUUAGAAACCAAGAUAACUGAAUGGAACUUACAACUGAGAAAGAAUAAGCACGAAGCUGUAGCAAUGAAAGAAUCAAGCAAGCAAAAAACUAUAGCUCUAAAAAAGGCAUCUAAAAUUUACAGACAAAGGCUUAAACACUUUACUGGAGACACGGAAAACCUUACCUCCCAAAUCAGAGAUCAGGAAGCCAAGCUGUCUGAAACAAUUUCAGCUUCCAAUGCCUGGAAAAGUCAUUAUGAGAAAAUUCUAAUAGAAAAAACUGAAUUGGAAGUUCAGAUUGAAACAAUGCAAAAGCAAGUUACAAAUCUUUUGGAAGACCUGAAGAAAGUGGAAGACCUUGGAAAAAAUUCAUGUGAAGAAAUUCUUAGAAAACUUCACUCAAUUGAAUAUGAAAAUGAAACUCUGAAUCUUGAGAAUACAAAAUUAAAGACUACACUUGAUGCUUUGAAGGAUGAGGUGGUUUCUGUUGAAAAUGAACUUUUAGAAUUGCAAGAAGUAGAAAAACAACAGAAGACCCUUAUUGAAGUAUAUAAAACUCAGAUACAAAAAUUGCAAGAAGCAGCUGAAAUGGUGAAAAGCAGAUGCGAAAAUUUACUACGUGAGAAUAACCUAAUUACAAAAAACAAAAAUAAAAAAUUAGAGAAGUUGAGAGGCCAGAUGGAGUCUCAUCUGCAGGAGUUAGAGCGCGUCCGCGAUUCCUUGACGGCGGCGGAAGGGAGGCUUCACGAGUGUCAGGAGAGCCUGCAGCACUGCAAGGGGAAAUGUGCAGACCAGGCGCACACCGUUAGCGAGCUGCAGGGCCAGGUUGAUGCAAAUCAUAAUCUUCUGAGAAAGCUUUCUCUGGAAGAGGAAAAUUAUCUUAUUCAGUUGAAGUGUGAAAACCUUAAACAAAAAUUAGAACAGAUGGAUGCAGAAAAUAAAGAGCUUGAAAAGAAGCUGGCAAACCAAGAAGAAUGUCUUAAGCAUAGCAAUCUUAAGUUUAAAGAGAAAUCAGCAGAAUAUACAGCAUUGGCCAGACAGCUGGAAGCUGCUUUAGAAGAAGGAAGACAAAAGGUUUCUGAAGAAAUAGAGAAAAUGUCAUCUAGAGAGAGGGCUUUGCAGAUUAAAAUAUUAAAUCUGGAAAUUGAACUUAGAAAGAAAAAUGAAGAACAAAAUCAACUUGUUUGCAAAAUGCACAGCGUAAGUAAAGCACAACACCAGGAAGUAUGUUUGAAGGAAAUACAACAUAGUCUUGAAAAGUCAGAGAAUCAAAACGAAAGUAUUAAGAAUUAUUUACAGUUUCUAAAAACUUCUUAUGUAACAAUGUUUGGAUAAAUGGUUGUAUUUAUUUUCUAUAAGCAAUAGGAUUUUACUCUAAGUCUAAAACAUGAUUAGGUACAAAAAUAAUAAUAAAUAUAAUUUAUGGGUGGUAGUAGAGUUUUUAUGAGGCUUUCUUAAAUACAAUUUAUUUUCCAAUUGCAACUUUAAAAUAAGAUACUGAUGUUAGUAUUCCUUUUUGCUGGAUAAUUUUCAUUUAGCUCUGGUUUAAUACCUAUUUAAAUUAUAUUGAUUUUUAGAAUGGUUUUCACACACAGAAAAGAAGCCAGAAUCAUUUUUUGUGACUGUAGCCAUCAGUUAAUUGAAUUUGUAAUGAAUCUAGGCCAGUUAUGAGCCAAAUACAUGAUUUUGAAUAACAUAUAAUUGUUUUACUUUGUGGUGCUAUAUAUGUAUAUAUAAAAUCAAGGAAAAUAUUCUGGAUAUUAAUUGUUAAUAAUAGUAUAAUUACAUACUUUCUAAAGAUACCAAAUGUCAAAUUAUUACUGUUUCAAGUAUGAUGCCAUUAUAAUUUCUGUGAGGAUUUUAAUAAAGAAUUUUAAAUCAUAGCUAUUAAAUGCCAGCUGAUGGUGACAGAUGAAAACACAUUGGCGUACAUUGUUUCUUUAUAGAGAAUGGGCAUUUGGGCUCGCCUGUGAAUUUGUAGUCUCUCUUUUUUUUAAUUAGUGAUUGUGUGGUAUUGUCACUGUAGACAUUUUUUUUUUUUUUUGAAGAUUUUAUUCAUUUAUUUGACAGAGAAAGACACAGCGAGAGAGGGAACACAAACGGGGAGUGGGAGAGGGAGAAGCAGACUCCCUGCAGAGCAGGGAGCCCGAUGUGGGACUCGAUCCCGGGACUCCAGGAUCAUGACCUGAGCCGAAGGCAGUCGCUCAACCAACUGAGCCACCCAGGUGCCCCACUGUAGACAUUCUAAAGCCCGUGAGGUAACUAAAAGAUUAAAGGGGAACAACUUGUCCUGCCCCUUUCCAUGGCCAACUCCCUUGGGAUGACUAAAAUAAGCACUGUUAAUACCAAGAAGUUGUAGGAUAAGGUCUUUAUUACUGCAGUGACAUAGAAGAGAUACCAAGAACUUAUUGCCCCCAAUCUCCUACCCGAUGUGCCGAGGCAAGAUCCUCUAAAAGGGGAUUGAUGUCGUCAGCAAGGAAUCAGGUAAUAGUAGCUCCUCGCAGACAAUGGCUUGAGGGCUGUUUAUUGAAAGGGCACUCAGGUCUCAAAAGAUCAUCCAGAGAAGCAAAUUGUGUACGACACGGUCCAGCCUAUGAACAGAGCCAUCUCCCCAACAGAAAUGGGAUCCUUCUUUUCUCUGGUCCCCCUCAGGGGGACCUAAGACUGCCCUAGGAUCUAUGGGAGCUACUUGUCAGUGACCCAGCUGCUUAAUAGUAUUUUUCUUAAAAUAGCGUAAUAUGGUAACUUCAGGAACUGGCCACAUUGUUUGCCCAAUAAUUGCUAACAACAUUAGUGUUGCCUUUUUUUUUUUUUUUUUAAAUCAGAGUACUUUUACCAAAACACAUACUUGACCCUUGUGGUCCUUUCUUCAACUCCUAAGGCAAAGAGAGCUUUAAGAAAUACUCCGAUGAAAGGAAACUAAGGUUCUUAAGUAUUGCUCAUUAGACUGAGCUCUUGAAGGGCAGAACUGUACCUUAUUCCUAUUUCUAUUCCAGCCACUACACCAUAGCUAGUACAUACCUAGAUGCUCCACUGAUGUUUGUGGAUAGAUAGAAAAAAAAUGUAAGCAUAGAAGGAUUAACUACCAUAGCUAUGGUAUAAAACUCUUAAAUUUUGAAGUUGGCAUUUGAACUUAACUCUU